CAGGGUUUGUUCUCCACUACGCCUCACCUCCCUCCGCCAACCUGCUAGCUAGCUCUCUGCAGGCCCAGGCCCACACACCCACACCUCUCUCCUAGGCAGAAGCAGGACGUGUCUGUAGGAAUAAAGAAGUAUGGGUGCCUACGAGUCUAACCUGGAUGAUAUCCUGGCAGAGGACAUGCACCACUGGUAUAACAAGUUCAUGAAGGAGUCACCUUCAGGACUCAUCACGUUGUUUGAGCUGAAGACUAUGCUGGAGAUGCAGGGGAUGUCAGAGGAGGCUAGCAGCUAUGUGGACCAGGUCUUCUUUACCUUCGACAUGGACGGGGAUGGAUAUAUAGACUUUGUAGAAUACAUAGCAGCAGUCAGUCUGAUGCUGAAAGGAGAAAUCAACCAGAAACUGAAGUGGUACUUCAAACUUUUCGAUCAGGACGGAAACGGCAAAAUUGACCAAGAUGAAAUGGGGACAAUAUUCAAGGCUAUCCAGGACAUUACCCGAUGUUAUGACCCUCCUACGGAGGAGAUUGUGACCCUCAUCUAUGAGAAGGUUGACAUCAAUAACGAAGGUGAGUUGACUCUAGAGGAGUUUAUCGAAGGAGCCAAGGACCACCAAGACAUCAUGGAGAUGUUGGGAAAGAUGAUGGACCUCACCAACGUUCUAGAGAUCAUCGUCAACGGACAGAGAAAGCAGGUCAAAUCAUCAAAAUGAUGAUGACGUCACUUCCUGUUGCACUUCCUGUUUGAUGGACUCAGACUGUACAGAAUGCAACGCAGAAAAGGUUGUUGAGAAAGAAUACGAUUGUUUUCUUUCUUUGUCUGGGACGGAAAGCAAUUAUGGUGGAAUUUUUAAUAUAUAAUAUAUGGAGGAAAUGUAUAAAUGAACAAACGACGAACGUGAGCAUCUUGAUGAGAAGGUGGAUAUACGUGAGUGGGAGUGAGCCAUGUCCCAAAUCUCCAUUGACCAAGAAGACUGAGUUGAUUGAAGCAUAAUGGAACCCGUCUUGUUCACUCUAUGUUCUCGAUUUCUACAUCCCCAUUCCCAAAGUCCCAUCAUAGAGUUAACAACGGUGGAAACCCUCUAGACAAUGAUUACACCAAUCAAAGACUUUGAGAUCAAUGACAGGAAGUGUGAAAGUGCCCACUUUGGGAGAAGGGUAGAGAAUUGUGAUGCAACCUAUAUGUUCUCUCUAUGUGUGUAUCACCUGAGUGGAGCAGAGGAGAGAUCUCUUCCUCAUCUUCCUCCUCUUCCUCCUUCUGGUGCUCUCUCUAGUCACCACAACUCUCUCUAGUCACCACAGCU